UGGCGGCGAAGGCCUCUGGGAAGGGAAAGAGAUGCAGCCUGACUGUGCCACUCCACGGGGGCCUGAGAAUGGCCAGGGCCGGGAUUCAGCUCCCAGUCGGCAAGGCCAGGACCCGGGUCCCAGCCGCCCUGGGGAGCUAGCCAAGCCCCCCUACAGCUACAUCGCCCUCAUCACCAUGGCCAUCCAGAGCUCUCCAGGCCAGAGGGCCACACUCAGUGCCAUCUACCACUACAUUAUGGGCCGCUUUGCCUUCUAUCGAGACAACCGGCCUGGCUGGCAGAACAGCAUCCGCCACAACCUGUCCCUCAACGAAUGCUUUGUCAAGGUGCCCCGAGAUGACCGCAGGCCUGGCAAGGGCAGCUACUGGACCCUGGACCCUGACAGUUACAACAUGUUUGAAAAUGGCAGCUUCCUGCGACGGAGGCGCCGCUUCACCCGCAAGAGGGGGUCUGAGCCCGAGACUGAGAUGCAGAGGAAGGCCAAAAGCAGGGCCCGUGCUGGGCCAGGUCGUGGGGGCUGUCGGGCCUCUGGGAUGCCAGACCCUCAUAGGGAUACCCGAGAGCAGGAGGGGGCCUCUGGCCCGGCCAAGGCCACCACUGGACCAUGCCUAGCCCCACCACUGGAGCUGCCCGAGUCCCAGAGUCUAUGCCACACCAGUUCAGAGACAUCACCCAAUGAUAGCCUCUUUGGGGGACUUACAGAUGCUCUCCCUACAACCCCAGCUGGUCUGUACCUUUCCACUUCUGAGCCACUGGCCCUGCCAGCCUCACAGAUGCUGAUGGACCUGAAGGAGACUCCUGAGCCAUCCAGGUCUCCUGGACAGAGAGUGGACCCUCGAGAGCUGCCACCCUCCUCCUCUUCCUCCUCUUCCUCUUCUGCCUCUCCAUGCCCAGCAUUCAGCCUGCCUCCAGUCUUCCCUGCCCCCCAGGGCCCUCAGCCCUCCCCAGCCCGAUUCCCUGACGGGGAAGCCUAUGGCAAGGCAGGGCUACCCAUCUUUGGCAACUUUGGUGGGGCUGAAGCUCUGGGUGGCAGCUACCAGUGCCGCGUGCAAGCCCUGAGCUUCUGCAUGGAUGAGCGGGGCUGUGGCCCAGCCCUGGAUCAUUUCCUUGCACCCACUCCAGCUUCCCCAGCCACCCCCACUCAGUCACCUCCCUUCCAAUCCCCACUACCCCUUCGGGGGAACCAGAAGGAGCCCUGGACUGGGGGGGCUUUCCCACUCCAGGGAGGAGGAAGCUACCAGCUAGGGCUACCCCACUGCCUCUAUCGGACCCCAGGCAUGUUCUUCUUUGAAUGAAGUUUCCUUUCCGGUCUUCUGCUUCUUCCCUUGUACAACCAGACAGACUCACCUACCACUUCAUGCAAGGACCAGAUAAAGAAUGGACUCUUACCUGAGGUCUGGAGCCAUUUGAUAUUCUCCAGGGGACGAUGCCUUGCUCAGUCUGUCCCCAACACACUGGGUCCCUGAGAGAGAGAGGGUUCCAGGGGUGGCAGAGGGUAGGGAUCUCCCCUGGGUGAGGAUGGGGGCCAGAAAAGUCUGUGCUAGUGAGAGGGAUGGCUCCCAAAGCCAGAUGAAAAACUAAGGAUUAAAUCAGAUAUGAUUACAGCUGGAGGGGAUUUUGGAGGUCAUCUAAUCCAGCACCCUCAUUUUACAAAGGAGGAAACUGAGAGACCCAAAGAAGGGAAAUGACUUGUCCAAGGUCAAACAGCUAGUAGUUAGGUGAGUCAGGGCCCGAGCCCAGGUCUUCUGACUCUUCUUAAUCCAAAGCUUUUCCCACUACUGAACAGUUCUGAAGAGGCAACAGAAACAAGAGAUCUUUGUCUUCUUUGAAUGACCUAGGGCUCUGCCUGACCAGGAUUCCAGAGUCUGGUGAAGUGACCUCACGCCCUGGCCCCUUCCUGGACAUACUUGGGGAGUGUGGGGAAGGUGUGAGGCUGGACCUAUGUCAGAUUUUACUCGACACUCUACUUAAUAAAGCAAGUGAGUCUUGAAAGAUA